AUGGUUGCUGGUAAUUCAACCGCCGCGCCUACGAGUGCUGGUAAUUCAAACGCCACGCCUACGACAAUCAUCAGCACCACGCCGACAGUGACUAAUAUACCAAGCACCCAUGCAUCAUCUGCACAUUACUCAUCACCCACUCCCACCAGCACCGCUUCAUCAGUGACUACUUCACUCACAUCAUCUUCAGAUCACUCAUCACCCACUCCCACCAGCACCGCUUCAUCAGUGACUACUUCACUCACAUCAUCUUCAGACCACUCAUCACUCACACCCACCAGCACCGCUUCAUCAGUGACUGCAUCAGUGACAACAGGUUCAAAUCGCACUUCUCACGCACCCUCCAGCACAGCUUCAGCAGUGAACACAACUAGCUCACCCACAGGUAACACAACAGCCACCCACAACAACACCGAAGCGUCUACUGAAUCCACUCCUAGCACAGCAGUCCAAAAUUCGACAAAACCUAAUGAUCCGAAAUGUGAGAAUUAUAAUCUUUCUUGCACUGUAGCUAGUGUGGGGGAUGCAUCUUUCACUCUGAAGUUAACAUACAAUAUCAGUGGUAAUUUCAGCAUUCCUGUGAAGGUGUUCACUAAUCCCAACAAUCCCACUCAUCAUGAGCCCCUGUGUAAUGCGACUAUGAAUGAAUGCCUGGUAGAAGUAAAUGGUCUUCAGUCCUGUACCAACUAUGAACCAUCCAUAGAGUUCAAGAUGAAUUGCACCAUACCUUGCCAUAAUACAUCAAUAAUGACCAACCCAAAAAAGGGUUCUUUCAUCAUUGAACCAGAUAAACAAGAUCUGAAUGCGUUCUUAGUGGUGCAAAAACCAGGUUCAAACAGAUGCAAUAUGGAUUAUAAUUGGAGUUGUACCCGGAACAAUGGACGGAGCCAGCCUUCCUGA